GUUAGCAUGCGAGAUGAGGAGCGAUCCUCUCACAUUCGUUACAGGAUGGAGGCCUCCUGUCUGGAGCUGGCUCUGGAAGGGGAGCGUCUCUGUAAAGUGGGCGAUUACGGCGCUGGCGUCUCGUUCUUUGACGCAGCCAUCCAGGUGGGCACGGAAGACCUGCAGGUGCUCAGCGCCAUCUACAGUCAGCUGGGCAACGCCUACUUUCACCUGCACGACUAUGCCAAGGCUCUGGAGUUCCACCGCCAUGACCUCACCUUGACCAGGGCUAUCGGGGAUAAGCUCGGGGAGGCCAAAGCCAGCGGUAACCUUGGAAACACGCUGAAGGUUUUGGGGCGCUUUGAUGAAGCUGUGGUCUGUUGUCAGCGACACCUGGACAUUGCGUCUGAGUAUCAGGACACGGUGGGACAGGCUCGGGCGCUGUAUAACUUUGGAAACGUCUUCCAUGCCAAAGGGAAGAGUAUGAGCGGGAGUGCGGCAGAGCCAGGAGAAUUCCCAGAGGAAGUCAUGACUGCACUCGGAAAAGCCGCAGAGUAUUACGAGGCAAAUCUGGCUCUUGUUAAAGAGCUAGGGGACAGGGCAGCAGAGGGUCGAACAUUCGGUAACCUGGGGAAUACACACUACCUGCUUGGAAACUUCCGGAAAGCAGUGGCAUCUCAUGAGCAGCGUCUCCUCGUCGCCAAAGAGUUUGGAGACCGCGCGGCCGAGAGGCGGGCGUACUGUAACCUUGGCAACGCCUACAUCUUCCUGGGGGAGUUUGAAAUGGCGGCCGAACAUUACAAACGGGCGCUGCAGUUGGCUCGGCAGCUGAAAGACCGUGCAGUGGAGGCUCAGGCCUGUUACAGUCUGGGCAACACCUACACACUCCUGCAAGACUACGAGAGAGCCAUAGACUACCACCUCAAACACUUAAUCAUAGCACAGGACCUCAACGACAGGAUUGGGGAGGGUCGGGCCUGUUGGAGUUUGGGUAAUGCACACACUGCUCUGGGGAAUCACGACCAAGCCAUGCACUUUGCAGAGAAGCAUCUGGAGAUCUCUAAAGAGACGGGCGACCGCAGCGGCGAGCUAACGGCGCGUAUGAACGUGUCUGACCUGCAGAUGGUCCUGGGUUUAAGUUACAGUACCAACAACUCGGUCCUGUCCGAAAACAAAGACAUCGACUACAACCUCCACGGAGCAAGACCUAGGAUAGGGAGACGUCACAGCAUGGAGAAUCUGGAACUGGUGAAACUCACUCCAGAUAAGACUAAUAGGUGGAGCAGCGACGUCAUUUCCAAACAGUCGAAGCCAACCAUGACCAGGUCGUCCUCCAAGCUCUUCUUCAUGAAUCGCUUCCGGGGAAAGAAACACAAACUCAACGGCUCGACUAAAGUUGUCCAGGACACUAGUAACACACAAGAAACACCUCAGGUCCAGCCAGCACAGAAAAGAGUUAGCCCUGAGACGUUGGGCGACGAGGGCUUUUUCGACCUGCUCAGCCGUUUCCAGGGCAACCGCAUGGAUGACCAGAGGUGUUCGAUGCAGGACAUAAAGAGAAUGUCUGUCUCCUCCAGUGGAUCCAACUCACCACCCAGAACCAUGAAGAAAUCGUUCUCGGAGGCUGCGAUGUCACCAGGGCAGGAACCGUUUCUGAGCCUGGUGGCGAGUGCGCAGGGCAGGCGCAUGGACGAGCAGCGGGCAGCAGGGGGCAGUCUACCGGGACUGAAACUCUACCAGCAGAAGAGCGAGUCGGUUCUCAGCCAGCUGAUGACCAACGCGGAGGCGGCCGAACCGGACGACAGCUUCUUCGACAUGCUCGUCAAGUGCCAAAGCUCUCGUCUGGACGACCAGCGGUGUGCCCCGCCCACCACCGUGUCCCGUAGCCCCACGGUGCCAGAUGAGGACUUCUUCAGCCUCAUCAUGCGUUCGCAGGCCAAGAGAAUGGACGAACAGCGCGUCACGCUGCCCUCCACUGCCAACAGGACAGAUCCACGCUGAACACCCAACUCCAGACAGAGCUGAACGCCAGAUCUCUGACACCAGCCACACAGACAGUCCCAGUCAACACACACACACACACACACACA